AUGGCUUCUAUUGGUGAUCCAGAGUACAAAGCAUCUUCAACUCCGGUUCCGGCUUCGGGUUCCGGUGGUGCUGAUUACUUCAAGUUUGAUGUGAUUCUAAGGUUUCUGUUGUUUGCAGCAUCAUUGGCAGCAGUUUUGGUGAUGGUUACUGGUAAUCAAACUGAAUAUCUCCCUUUGCCAAUCCCUGCCAAGUUCAGAUACUCACCAGCUUUUGUAUAUUUUGUGGCUGCAUUUUCUGUUUCUGGACUUUACAGUAUCAUUACAACUCUUGUAUCACUCUCUGCAAUCCGAAAGCCGAACCUCAAAACCAAACUUCUCCUUCAAUUAAUCUUCUGGGACGCGGUGAUGUUGGGGAUAUUGGCGUCAGCAACAGGCACGGCCGGAAGUAUGGCAUAUUUGGGUUUGAAGGGAAACAAACACACUAAUUGGAAUAAAAUUUGCAACAUAUAUGACAAAUUCUGUAGGCAUGUUGGUGUAUCUGUUGCAGUGGGAUUGUUUGGUAGCAUUGUCGUACUUUUGCUCAUUUGGGUUUCAGCUUACAGCAUUCAUAGCAGAGUCCCCAAGUAG